AAAUCAAGAGUGGGCUGCUUAACCUACUGAGCAACCCCACAAGUCAUGUUGUGACUUUGCAACCAUGUCCUGUGCUCUGAGUGGCCACAGAGAUGCCAGAACCAAUGGGGAAAACUCAGGAGCUAAUUCAGGAAGACUUCAUUGUUCUUCAGAUGACUUUCAAGCAUGUCAGAUGUUAGUGUUUGCAUCAUUUUAGAAGUUUGCUUGGAUUAGUGUCGUCAGAUUGGAUCUGCAGCCUCCCAGUUGUGAAAACAGAAAGCAGGACUCCACAUAGGUCUAACACUCCCUGCAGGUUACAUCCCACACCCCUGCAGCCCCCCUACCUUCCAGUGCAGACUCAGGAGCUCCUCAUCCAGUAGGAAAGACACUGGUUGGAGAGAGCAAAAGCCCCUGCUUCUGCCGUUAGCUGGCUGGAGACCUUGAAUGAGACGCAGUGUUUCUAGGCUUCCGUUGAAAGACUUGGAUAUACUUUCUCUGAUUCCUGCCUGUUCUAAUACUCAAUUUACAUAAGAAGGUAGAGAAAAUUUGGGAAAGUCAAGGCAGGAAUUGGGAAUGAAUAACACCACAGGUGUUGCAACUAAUGGUGCGGGGCGGGUGGGUGAGGGAUGAGGCAUUUUAUGAAGAUGCUUGUAUGACUGGUCAUGGCAUCCAUCCUUGGGUGGAAUUAUUUUCUGGAUGGAGAGUCUGUGUUCCGCUGAGAAGUUUCCAAUCCAUCUGACCCUUGAGGCACAGAACCUGGGGACCGGCUUGGCAGGAGCAAGGUUUUAGUCCAUUCAUACUUCUUUUUUCUGCCCAACUAAGAACUCACCUGACAAGGUUGCCUGGGCGGCCUCUGUCAUAUUUAAAGCCAUGAUUAAUCUGCCUCGAGUUGAGAAGUUUCUGGUUGCGACAUCUCCCUGGCUGGCUGGAACAGAGCAUGUUCUCCUGGCAACUGCUUCUGGAAGGAGCUGGAAUCCAUCUGAAGCUCCCAGAGCUUGACGACAGCAGACCCCCUUGUCCCAGAGACUUCAGGGAUCAGGCAGACCCCAAAUGCAGCAGCUUUUAGCAACAGCAUACUGGAUGCUUCUUCUUGGACCUGUAUAUGGCUAUCACAAGAAAGGAAGUAUCACAAAUCCUGAAGCUAAUAUGAAUAUUAGCCAGAUUAUUUCCUACUGGGGUUACCCUUGCGAAGAGUAUGAUGUCGUGACCAAAGAUGGUUAUGUCCUCGGAAUUUACCGGAUUCCUCAUGGAAGAGGAUGUCCCAGAACAACUCGGAGACCCGUCGUGUAUUUGCAACAUGGCUUAAUCGCGUCUGCCACUAACUGGAUAUGCAACCUCCCGAACAACAGCCUGGCUUUCCUUCUGGCAGAUCGCGGUUAUGAUGUGUGGAUGGGGAACAGCCGGGGUAACACCUGGUCCAGGAAACACUUGAAAUUCUCACCCAAAUCUCAAGAAUACUGGGCCUUCAGCGUGGACGAGAUGGCUGGCUAUGACCUUCCAGCCACAAUCGAUUUUAUCAUAGAGAAAACUGGACAAGAGCAACUCUAUUAUGUGGGCCACUCACAAGGCACCACCAUCGCCUUCAUAGCAUUCUCUACCAAUCCAGAGCUGGCUAAAAGGAUUAAGAUAUUUUUUGCAUUGGCUCCAGUCAUCACAGUGAAAUACACCCAAAGUCCUAUGAAAAAAUUCAAAACUCUUUCCAGAGAAGUAGUCAAGGCACUAUUUGGUGACAAGAUGUUCUACCCUCAUACGUUUUUUGACCAAUUCAUUGCCACCAAGGUGUGCAACCGGAAGCUAUUUCGUCAUAUUUGCAGCAACUUCCUGUUUACUUUGAGUGGAUUUGACCCGAAAAAUUUAAACAUGAGUCGCUUGGAUGUUUACUUGGCGCAGAGCUCCGCGGGCACGUCUGUUCAGAAUAUGCUGCACUGGGCCCAGGCUGCUAAUUCUGGUCUGUUCCAAGCUUUUGAUUGGGGAAAUGCUGAUCAGAACAUGAGGCACUUCCACCAGCUUACACCUCCCUUAUAUGACGUCACAAAGAUGGAGGUACCAACGGCUGUGUGGAGUGGAGGACAUGACCGUGUGGCUGAUCUCAAAGACGUUGAGAAUUUACUCCCUAAGAUUACCAGGCUUAUUUACUACAAGUUGAUCCCACACUACAAUCAUGUGGAUUUUUACCUCGGACAGGACGCGCCCAAGGAAAUUUACCAAGACCUUUUUAGACUGAUGGACGAAUGUUUGCAAAAGUAAAUACAUUUUCCUUUCUCUAAGGAAGUGGAUUCUCAAACUACUAACAUGGCACACAAACCCCUAAGGUGACCCCUCCAGUGGUUUUCACCUUCUAGCGUCCAUGUGUUGGGGUAAUCCUCUCCCCCGAGUAUGGGAGUGUCCCGAGACUUGCUUCUGACCAACAGAACUGGCAAAGGUAACGGUGCCACGCCCUUGGUUAGAUCAUGUUUAAGGCAAAGGUGAUGGGACGUCACUUCCUGAUUGCGUUAUAUUAUAUGAGACUCCAUCUAAGUAGACUGGAGAAGAGCUUCCUCUUGUCGGCUUGAUGAAGUGAACAGAUAUGGAAGCUUGCAUGGCAAGGAGCCACGUGUGACAUCUGGCAUCUGCAGGUGGCCUCCAGCCCACAACCAGCAAACUGACGGAUCCUUAGUCGUACAGCUGCAGGAGGAAUUAGAGCCAGCUCCUGGGUGAGCGUGGAAGCCCAUUAUUCCCCAGUGUAGCCUCCAGUGGAGAAAGCAGGCUGGCCAUACCUCGAGUGCAGCCCGGGGAUUCCCUGAACAGAGGAGGGAGCUGCACCAUGUCCAGACUGUGGACCCACAGCAAGAGUGAGAAAAUAAAUGGAUAUUCUUUUAA